AUGGCCAACCACAAAAACAAUGGCGGUGGGAGCAUGUACUACUACGGCAAUAAUCCCAGCCAGAAGACGGACGACGAGGAGCAGUUCAAGAAGACAGUGGCCAUCGGCCUCCCCGUCUUCAUCCUCGUCGUCUUGCUGCUCUGGCUGCUCUGCUUCUGGAUCCACAAGGACAACGACGAGGAGGAUGUCGUCCCCGGACCAGGGAACAGAGUGCGUCAGCGGCGGCAGAGCAGGGGAGCUGGAGGCUGGGUCGACAGGGCACCAUCAUCGACGGUAGCCGGCGCGGCCGUGGAGGUGGUGUCGCCGGUGCGGGCGGCCGAACCACCGCUGGUGUGCAUGUACAGGAAGGCGGACGGGUGGCGUGAGGGCUCGUGCGGUGUGUGCCUGGCCGAGCUCGCCGAUGGCGAGGUCCUCUUGGUGCUGCCUGCGUGCAUGCACUACUUCCACGCCGCCUGCGUCGGCGAGUGGCUGCGCGGCCACGACACCUGCCCGCUCUGCCGUGCCCCGCUCGUCGGUCCUGCCGCUGUGGCCUAG